AUGGAAGAAGAGACCGUUUUUGUCCUUGAAAAUAACGCGUUUCAAGGAAAAUCUAAUUGUUUUGAUUUGGAUUUUUUGGGAAGAGUCAAAGAAAUUGGCGACUUUUGCUUCAAAAAUUGCACGUGUUUUUUGAAUGAUUUAUAUCUGCCUUAUGGACUGACUAAAAUCGGGUAUGGCGCUUUUGAAAAUUUCACAACACUGACAACAAUUCAUCUGAAUGAAAGUAUAACAAAACUCCCUUAUAAGUGCUUUGCUGGUGAUAUUUAUUUAAAAGAAAUAACAUCUCCAUUAAAAGAAGUUGACGUUGACGAUUAUGCAUUGUGGAAGUGCAAAAAUCUAGAAAAAUACCCAAAAUUUGUACCUUCAAAGUGUGUAAAAAGUGACGAUCGGUGGACACUGAAGUUCUGCAGUGUAACAAAAUUGGAAGUGCCAGAAGACGUAGACGAACUUAGAGAGUUUUGUUUUAAAGGAUUGACAUCACUCGAGUGUGUUAAAAUAAAGAACACAACGUGUUUGAUUGGAAAACAAUGUUUUGUGGGAUGCAGUAACAUUCAAAGUAUUUGUUUGAACGAAAGUGUGAGGUUUGAUAAGCAUCUUGUAUUCGCCAAUUUGUCAUCACUCACUUCAAUUGAACUACCAACUACAAUUACAAAAGUUAGAAACUUCAUGUUUAAAAACUGUAUUAAAUUAAAAGAUGUUAUUAUAAAGAAAGGUGUUGUAAAAAUAGGCGACUCGGCUUUUCAAAAUUGUGAAAGUCUUAAGAAGAUUAACAUCCCACAAAGUGUCACAAAAAUUGGAUUGUCCUGUUUUAAAGGAUGCACUUCUAUAUGUGAAAUAAGUUGUUCUAGUUCAUUGCAUUUUCCAUUAUCAAGUUUAUUUGGUGUACAAGCUUCACUUAAUUUAAUUUGA